GAGCUCCCCGAGGCGGAGGAGGCGUACCAGCGGCGGCCUGAGCCCGCGGGGUCCAUCGGCUCGCGUUCCACCGGCUCAGCCGCCACGCCCGCGACGAGUGACCGCGCGCGGCUGGCGAGGCGCUGCGGCGCGUCCUCCUCCUCGAAACCCCAGCGAGGCGAGCGCCGGAGGCCCCGGCCCCUGCCCCGAACCCGCCAGUGGGAGAGGCUGCAUUGGCACCAAACGGCCCUCGCUGGCCUCCGUCGCCCGCCGUCGUCCCGGGCUCCCGAGGGCGCCUUUCCAGUCGCCAGCCCUGACGAUGCUUAAGGCACCAGCGAAACCUUUUCCCGGAACAUCGGAAUUGUAACCGAGGGCGGGUCGGGGGCAGCCAUGCUGGAGCCCAGUGAACUGCAGUUUCCCAACGAAAGCAACGCCGAGGAGCUCUCCCAGCUCGCUUGCCUGGCGCUGUCUGACGACGAAGUGUCCAGCGAGCAGGACGCAGGCGGUACCCCCGACAAAACUGGGUAUCCGGACCCCGUGUACGUUAUGGCAGCGAACGUCUUCCAGGGCAUCCGAGUGGAAACGUCACCGGAGAAAGUCUUGAUCAAGUAUGGGAAGGAGCCCCUGCGGCCCUUGUCCAGCGGGUCCGAGGACGGGUCCUUCCAGCACCUGGCCUAUGAGCUGGCCUUCAGCGCCCUCAAGUAUCAAGGUAUUUUGGAAACUAUAUUAAUAGAUAGCUGCAUCUUUCCAAGUACUACAAUACCAGAUCAUUUGAGCAGUUUAAUUAUUGUGAUGCUGUAUGAUUUUCAAGAUAGAAAAUUUCAAGCUCGUCUCCUUUCUGAUAACAAACAGUGCAUAGUGGAAGUUCAAGAAGUAGAGAACAUUCUUAACAGUUUUAAGACAAAAUUGGCUGCGGCAUUGGCAAGAUGUCGAAUCAAACAUGAUGCCCUUUCAAUUGACCACAUUCUUCCAGAAACAGUUAGGAACCAAGAACUAAGGGCCUCCACUUUGCCACUUUAUGCUUGGAUAAAUACUUUAAAAAUUAGCCCUGAAGAAGUUUAUUUUAGUUUGAAGAAAAGAGGCUACACUAAAGUCAAAACUGUAUUGCAUAUUGGUGGAAAAGUCUUUGCUGUGGACCAACAUUGCUAUGAUGUCUUAAUUUUUCCAUCUCAUCUUAAAAGUGAUCUUCUAAAUAUAGAUCUCUUCAAAGAUUAUAAACUCAUAUUUCAGGACAAGUCUCGAAGUCUUGCUGUCCAUUCUGUAAAGGCUUUAUUAAAUGUGGAUGAUGAUAUCUUAAUGGUCAAUACAGGUUCAUGGUACACAGUUGCCCAUAUGUCAAACUUAACAAAUAAUAACUCAAAAAUAUUUGUGUGUGGAGUGCAAUCACAAGCUAAGCAUCCUGACCUGAAGAACCUUUUCACAAAAAUGGGAUGUAAAAAUAUUGAAAUACUUCCUGAGACAUUUCUGAACAUUGAAUGGAAGGAUAAUAGAUUACAGAAAGUUAAAGUGAUUCUGCUGCUACCUCGUUGUUCAGGACUGGGUAUUAGUAAUCCAGUAGAAUUUAUUUUAAAUGAGCAUGAAGAUACAGAUUUACUUAAAGAUUUCUCUCAAGGAGGCACAUCAGAAGAUAAACUUCGUUUUCUUGCUCAACAGCAAUAUGCACAGCUAACACACGCAAUGAAAUUUACUAAAGCUCAAGCAGUUGUUUACUGCACAUGUUCAGUUUAUCCAGAAGAAAACGAAGCUGUUGUUAAGAAAGCACUGGAAUUUCAAGACCAUGGGACCAAAAUACAACCUUAUAGGCUUAGUCCUCCUGUCCUUCCACUGUGUUCCUUAGAGGAAGUACAUUCAUCUGCUGAUAAAUUCUUCAGAAUGGAGCCAUCUGAAAUUACCAAUGGUUGUUUUCUUUCUGUUCUAACAAGGGAGCGGGACCCAUCUGAGACAGUGUCUGUGAAAGAUGUGUUGGCUCGCGCUGCAGCAAAGGGUCUACUGGAGGGAAUUGAGUUGGGUAAAUCUUCAAAACGGGAGAAGAAGAAAAAAUCAAAAACAGCAUUUCCAAAAGCUCCUUCUACUGACAGUAAAGGUGUUCAAGUGAAAAUUGCUGAGUUCCUGAACCGAGAAACUAAUGAAAAUGCCAAUCGGUCACAGACAGCAACGACAAAAAUCUCUCUUCUACAGAAAGGUACAACUCAAGUGGGUACUUCCUCACAGGUCAGAAAACCCAGCAAGCCUGCCGCCAAUCCCCUGGUGCCUGCAUUUAUGAAGAACACAUCUCUCCCCAGACCAUAUGAACGUCCCACAAACUUUGUGAGACCUCGCCCUGAAGACAAGAUGGUGGUACUGAAACCCGUAGAGAUUGUUUUGCCUCCAGUAAUGUUCCCAUUAUCACCUCCCCCAGGGAUCAGACCUCAUAUACCAGCUCAACAUUUUUACUAUGGUUGGUUUGCACCCAAAACUGUUGUGCCCGGCUACCAUUCCACACCACCAAUCGCCAGAAAAGGGGAAAAGCCUAAAGGAAACUUACCUUCUUCCUUCCUCAGACAUCGGCGACCGUGGCUUUGAUUGUCUGGUGUGUGUGUGGUGGUUUUUCUACAGGGUCAAGAGCAGGGUUUUUUCAGCGUGAUAUUUCUCUGAAGGCUAGACAGCCCUACACAAGAUACCCAUCCUUUCAGUCACUUAGUGUCACUUUCUACAGGUGAAUUAGCUUCAAGAGAGUUAAGACAAGUGAGACAACACAAUAAUGUAGGUGGUUAAGCAAAGCAAAACUCAGAGAUUUCAACAUCUCAGUGCUGAUCUGUUCUAGAAUGUCCACGUGUAGACUCAGCAGCUGUUAGAACUUGUCUCACUCUUGUUAACUUUCAGUGGGGCACCACCUUGAAAAGAAAACUGCAACAGUUUUUCCUGAAGGGAAACACUGCCUUAUUCACAGGCUUUUUUCCUAACUUAACUUUUGAGGCAAUUUAGUAGAAAGCACAGAUGUAGAAAAGAUGCUGGCCCUCUCUCACCGACUUUAGAUUGCUCUUCAGUGUCUAGUCAGUCACAGUUUAACAUUUUCAGUCACUAUCAAGGUUCACUUUUUCUUAAAUAUUAAAACAUGCAUAAAGCCAGGGAUGAUGUGAGUUUUGAUGGAGGCUGAGUCUGAGUAGGAAGAACAGAAAGCUCCAAAGUUCCAGGUGUGGGUAGGUCAGAUGUCCAGGUAGAGUGAACGCUAUUUCUCAUUGGAAGAGCUUCCAGGAUCUUGCGCAGAUCGGACAUAAUCAGCCCUCCCUUCUAUUUAUGCCAAAUAAGAUUGUAAAACAGUGACUAUAAGCAAAUUUCCACCUAAAUAAUAAUAAUUCUGAGGAAGAGGCAAACUGUUGAAUACAAGUGACACUGAAAUCUACAAGUCAUGUCAAAUGGCAAACAGUAAUCAAAAUUUGGUAAAUCAUUUCUGAUGCACAAUGAAAAUAUAUUAUAGCAGUAUGUUAAUUAUAUUAAAAAUCAAUUAAUCUUGACUGUAUGAUCAAUUGUCUACCAAGAAUUGGUAUGAUUAUCAUUUCUGGGCCUACUGAUUUUUUUUUCCCCAUCAUGGCAAAAGAAAUUGCUUGACAUUAAAUGGAAUAAAUUACACCUACAAAUCCUAUUGUUCAAAAAAUGUUCAUAGACACAUUCAUAAAGUUUGAAUUUAAAGUUCUAUUUUCAGAAUCCAGUUGUGUUGGACAGUGUUAUGUAAAUUUCUGAACGUUCA